AUGCAGGUUGAACGUUUCGCCGGUGGUUAUCCGGUUUUAGGCCCGGAAUACUACAAGGACGAGGAUAUCCCCAACCCGGGGUUACCCAAGGCUCCACAUAUCGGCGGAAGAGCACCCCCUCUUUAUCUUAUUUUCAGAUCAGCUGGACCGGGGAAGGACAGUCUAGGCCGUGACCGGCAGAAAAGCAACGAAGUGGUUGGAACAUCCUGCAACGAGAACGGAGGAAAAUUCCCGCUGAAUUCUCCGGUGCUGGAUGAAGCACGAAAGAAAUACGGAGAGAACUGGGUCAAUGUUUUCGCAGGCAGGAACCCAAAAGGGGCCAGUAGCCGAAAUGGUUGUCCAGUGCAACCGGUUGACCAUUGA